GUUCUGGAUAAAUUGAUUGAUAGAGAUAAAGAGAUUCAAGCUCUAGUAGAAACAGCUAUACAGAUGAGAGGGAGGCAGCGUGAUAUUGAUUGGUUUGAGAAUCAGAUUGACAUGCGUAAGAAUGACCUUGAGGACCUUCAGAACAGACUUUAUGAUGCUGAGAAACUACUGGAGUUGACAGUGCAUCAGGGAAAACAGAAGUUGGACUCAAUUGAGAAAGCACAGCAAGGGGCAGUGUCACCUGAGAAACUCAUUCAUUAUGCACACAAGAUCAGUCAAGCCAGUACUGCUGUCUCACCUGUUGGCUGGCAACCAAGUGAGUUACAGAAUUUCUUAUUGCCAUUGGCAUAA